AUGCUCCAAAGACUCGGAGACUGCCUUCCAUUCAUCCCAAAGCACCCAAAAGGAUUCAGAGCCGCGAUGGAUAUCGGCGAAGCAAGGAAGAUCCUUGCCAUUGAACGCCAGGACUCAAGCGUGAUGGAAAGGUACAUCCAGAUGAUGAAGAUUAACCAUCCAGACCGCGGAGGAAGCCCGUACAUAGCGUCGAAGAUUAACGAGGCAAAGAACCUGCUAACCGCCAAGAAGUCUGCGUUCUUCUGA